UGAGGUUACCCAUAUCACAACAGCCAUGGAGCCAAUCCGGCAAGAUGUUGUCACACAGGCAGUUGAGACAGAGGCUUAUUCAAACUUUCAGGCAAUCAUGACCAGGCCUGAGAGAUUGCAUCACAUAGAACAACUAACAGGAGCUUCAGCAUGUGACAUUGAUGUUGCUAUGUUAAGCACAUUGCAAGGGGUUUCUGAGGUGAUAAGAGAAACUGUUGUGAAAAGGGUUCUGCAAGAGGUGGAGCUUACCUUACCUACCAUAGAAAUACCAAGAAAUGUACCGACAGUUGACAUGGUAGAUGGCGCAAGAGGGUCACUGAGAUAUGUAGGUGGAUAUACAUUUGCCAAGGUGCGUUAUAACCACCAGCGCUUGGCAAAACAAAGGGUACACAGC